AUGGUUGUUGUCCAAGUUAAUGCUAAGGCACGAAACUUGCUUUAUAAUUCUAUAAGUGGAGAAGAGGAUGAGAAAAUUUCAAGUUGUGAUACCACCAAGGAAAUGCAGGACAAACUAAAAGUUACUUAUGAAGGAACCAGCAAAGUGAAAGAAAUUCGGAUAAACUUGUUGGUUCACGACUAUGAACUCUUCCAGAUGAAAGAAGGAGUAUCUAUUGAGAAAAUAUUUUCAAGAUUCAGCAAAAUCAUUGGCGAUCUGAAAACCUUUGAUAAACAUAACUCAAGUGGUGACCAGGAUGAAGUUCAGGAAUUGCAAAUACAACUUAUUCGCAUGCGCCCACCAGUCACAGUUCUGUCAAGUCUAACCAAGUGA